GAUAUGGAAGACUUAUAUAACACAUGCUUUCAUUUCAAAUGAAAUAAUUGCAACAAACUUUGCUCUAGCUGCGAACAAGUCAGAAACAACAUGGUUGUGUCUAAGAUGUCUGUCAGCUGCUCUGUAGUCGGGGAUGGGAUGGUUGGAAAAUCGAAUCUCAUUCAGUCCUUCUUGAACAAAGUGCCAUCUGAAGGGUAUUUGGCGACAGUUGUAGAGAACUACGUUGCAUCCGUUCCAGCUUAUGGGGACCAUUAUUUGGUCAACAUUACAGAUUUUGGUGGAGAGCACCAAAUGGACUUUAUAAAGACAACAAAUAAAAGUCGUGAUGUCUUUGUAGUCUGUUACAGUGUUGUGGAUCGAGAAUCCUUCAGGAAUGCAAAAGACUUUUGGAUACCAUCCAUCAAAAACCUGAAUAAAAGACAAAACAUCAUCCUGGUGGCAACCCACGUGGAUCAUAGAGAAGGUGAUGACCCUGAUCACGUGACAUUUGAUGAAGGUUUUGAAUUAUGCAAAUCGAUUGGUGGAAACUCUUUUAUCGAGUGUUCCUCAAAAGACAAAGUUCGAACCCAGCAGGUGUUUGAAAGUGUAGUAGCUUCUGCUCUGGCACAGAAGAAAUGGCGAUUUAAUAUCAUAAAAAGGAUCAUUGGACGCUGAAAAUGGACAUUUUAGGUUUCACCCAAGAAACUGGAAAAUAAUUUCGGAUACUGCACCCGAUUGCAUUGAAUGGAAUAUCGUGAUGCUGGGUAACUACACUAUCACUGAAGUGUACGUUGGUGUAUGUUACGCAUGCAUGAAAGACGUGAUUUCAGACAUGUGAA